UUGUCAUUGGGGCGGCGCGUCCCGUGAAUAGAGAUCUACUCAGGCAGUAAUAUCAACUUGAUAGAUUUUACUCAGACUGUACCGUCCCUCACAUCAAGGAAGCUUGCUUUGUCCCUAGACCGAGGUCAUCUCUGAAUGUGAGUUGGAUAGUGUGCAGCAAGACUAACCUAAAUUCCUUGUAUUCGUUACCUGUGAAACUACCUGUGAUCAGAUGAGACGACAGGUAGCCCCGCCCCCUUCUCCACCGGCGUGGAAAGAGUUUAUUCACAAGAAAUGACUGCUAUAGUAUUUGUAAAGAGCGAUUUACGCGACUUGGAACAAUAUCAAACCGCGCCGCUGUGUAGGUAACUUAAUUGUGAAUUUUUGAUCGAAGCGGCAGUUAUACUAUUUGACGAGCACAGAGCAGGUGUUUUUAGCACCAGCACGUGCGGAUAUAAGUGAAACUUUUUUGUGAUUAUUUACAUUCUGUCGAUGUUACAGGACACAUUUCUUUGUGAAUAACCGAAAAAAACUAAUUUUGGGACAUUUAUUUUUGUUCAUUCAAAAUUUUGUGAACAACAUUUUUGUGCGACCAUGUCUCGAUUCUUUGGAGGUAAGAGCAAGGACAAGACCCAGAAAUUCUACGUGGAGUUCUUGGGAUGGAUAGAGAGCCGGGGUCUGGUGGGUGAGCAAUAUACACGCCCGGUCGUUGACGAUCUCAGGCGAAAGCAUCAGAAAUGGAGGAACGCUCCAAAACUCACAGUCCAGGUCAGUAAAACUGAACUGAAAAUUUCCCAAGAUGUUCCAGAGAAAAACAAGAAGAAAACCAAGAACAUCAAAUUCCCCGUCAUCCCGGCAGAAGAUGUGACGUUUGUCUCACAGGCCCGCAACCCGAUCACCGGUCAACCAGACGACAUUGUGGCGUGCAUCUAUCUCGGCUACAUCCCUCGCACCAAGCGAAGUGUACACGUGCAUGUGUACCGAUUUGAUUCAGCGCAAACAGCAACCAAAUAUGUCCGCAUGCUGCAAGGCGUCAUGGGAAUGACGGUGGAGAGACUGAAACGUGUAGAAUUCAGUUUGAUCGCACGCGGCGAAAUUGAGGACCCUCAUAAUACUACAUACGUCUAUCGUCCCCGAUCAAGUCCAAGGGACCCUGGACUUGGAUCAUCCGACGGAAUGAGCGAGCCGAGAACGGAUUCGGCUCCGGAUUCUGCCGCGGCCAGUACAUGCAGUACCAACUCCUUUCCUUCGGACGAGAUCGAGCCCGAUCUGGUAAGUCUUUGCGACCAGAUGCCAUUUGAAUCUGUGACAGAUGAACUCAGACUGAAAUUAAACAUGUCGGUAAAAGAAGGCAAACCGUUGUUGCUUCCUCCAAAAGAUUACGAUACUAUUCGCCGAAAACAAGGGAAUCUCGAAAAGGUGGACGCAAGGAGAUGUUUGAAUGCAAGCAUUGUCGGAAAUUUGCCUAUGUCAUCCCCUAGGUCCCGAAACGCAUCGGACGAGAGUGGCAUCGGAUUGGAAUCACCUUCGCCAUCUGAGGAGCAGAAGAAAUUCCCCGACUCCGACUUUGACGAGGAUAGAGAGAAUUCCCCGCCGUCAAGUGCAAGAAGCAACAAAUACGAUUUCGUAUAUCCCCCACAAUCUGCCAGGAGCCCGAUGGUUACCAGAGAGCGACAAGCUUUGCUACGGCAGCCAUCUUUUUCUUCUGCGUACAGCAGCCAGAGCUACCGCAGUGGUUCUUCUUCUCAUUCCAACAGCUUUAUUGAAAAGGACAAUAGUAUCAUGUACACUGGAAACCGCCAAGAUAUGGACAUCCCGCCUGCUGACUACGAUGCAGACGACAUCGCCAUCACGGGGGAGAAGAGCGCGCUAAGAGGACCGGAUAUGACAUCUAGCAUGCCAUCUGCAAUGUUUCCGCGGGAGAUGCCGGAAUACGCCGUCGUUAACAAGAAAAGGGCAACAUCUACGAAUACCCCACCCCAAUUUUCGGAAGUCUACUCACCCCGCGGCCUUGACCACCGAGUGCGGAGAGUAAACUCAAUGUAUAAAUGACAUUUUUGUAAUCAUUAAUUCGUUAUUUUCAUCUCAAGCUAGGACUGAUUAACACUAGCAAACUCAUCCCAUGAGUUAAAGCAACCGGGUGCAGAUUUUGUUCUUUUAAGGAGCGAAAUCUGCCAAUGCCACUGCCGAAGCAUCGAGCACGGCCAUUGGGGCGAAAAAGGAAGCAAAGUCUGUGAUAUUUCGUGAGGACACUUUGAUAUUGGACAGGUUUUGAUGAGAUUUAUUGGACGUCUUCAUUACCUGUUACAUAAAUGGUCUAAUUGUCCAAUUUCCCCCGGCUAGAAUGUCACUUAGCACACGUUUGCUGUCAUAGCUGCAAAAUCGAUAAGAAUUGCGAUCUAAAACGAUAAAUGAGAAAACUCAUUGGAAUUUCCUUGUAUUUUCGUUCAAUCCUUACUUUUACGUAAAUUGUGUGCUUAUGAUACGAUAGCCUUGGGAAUUGUUGAAUAUUUUUCUCUGUCUGUUGACACUUUCUUAAUGUGUCACAAAAAGGUGCAAUUUAUUUUUGUAUGUAUAUAUUUUUCUGAUUGUUGUAUUUUAUACAUUGGAAUCAGUGUAGAUUUUCCCCGUCGAUCAGGAUUAAUUCUCAAUUCUUUGGUCUUUUUAACAAAGUACCCUUUUCCUAAUCUGUUAUUAUAAUGUAACUACUGGCUCUUUAUUUCAAUCUUCUUAAUAUGAUGGUUAUGGGCGUUAAGGCGCAUUCCAUAAGUAAUCUUUGGUAUAAACUCUCCAAUUGGCGUAAUACUCUUUUUGUACCGAUCUCAUUCAGAAAAAAACUAAGAGGGCCCCGGUUCGUAUCAAAUAUAAUAGCGACCCCUUUUAUAAGCCGAUCUUUGCACGUUUAGCCAUCUGAAUUAAAAA